UUAUUCCCGACUCGCAUUCAGGUAGUUCUCCUACAAAUUUUCCAAAAUUACCAAAUAAUAAGCUAUAAUUUCCUGAAAUUAACAACAGGAAUAGUGAAUUAAGAUAAUACGCUGAAAUAAGAUUAAAAAGUUUUAAAGUGAAAUACAAAAUUUCCUUGUAAAAAUCAACAAAGAAAAUUUUGAUUUAUGAAAAUACUUUUUUUGUGAAAAUUGUAGACGUGUGUGUGUGAGAGCGUGGCUGAACUUAAUAUAAAGAGAAUAUUAGAAAAAGUGCUUUUUAACCAAUUCUCCCUCAACUUAACCACAGCCGGAAUUUUCUUAUGAAAUUUUAUCAACAUGGAAGCUAAACAACAAACUCCUGCUGAAGUUCGUGAGGUGUUGAAUAAAUAUUUGGAGUUGUUUCAACAGAAUAGCAUUGAAUUUAAAUAUUUUCUGGCUCCAAAUAGUGUAAUCGAUUGGUAUGGCCGCACCAUACGUGGAGCUAACAAAAUUCAUGAUUAUUUAAGACAUGAAAUACACAAUAAUUUUGAUCACACCGAAUUUUUGGAACCUCAUAAAUGUGCUCCCAUCGAAACCAAAACCAGUCACAUGCGCACCAAAAUCAUAUCUACGAAGCCCAUUGAUCUUGUACAUCCUAUAAAUCGUGUACCAGAUAUGGUACCUUUAAAAUCCUAUGCCGAUAGUGAUGUAGAAGAUAAUGAGCUGCCUGAAACCUCGGAAUUUGCUGCUGCCAUUAUUAGUAAUCAAAAGAAAACUCCAGAAAAAUGUACUAGUACAUUAAUCGAAGACUUAACGCCACCAGCUAGCGCAACAAAAGAAGAAAAACCUCACGAGGAGGAGGAGGAGGAGGUAGUACAGGUACAAGCAACAGUCGAAGAGUUAAAUAAACCAGUGAGAUCCUUAAAACGUACGCAUUCAGGACGUUUUAGUUAUUUAAAACGUUUACCCACUGCUCCCUCUACCAGUAAACGGGUGAGUAAGGAUUAUAAAGGUAUACGUACCUUGCUAGAUGAUUCAUCCAGUGAAGACGAUGAUUUAGAAACAAUGGAGGCUUUAUAUACCCCUUUAAGGUAUAUAGAGGUCAAGGGUAUAAUGCGUAAUCGUAGCGCAACAACAUCACGUCAACGUAGUGCCCUCUGGCGUGAUUGUAAUCAAUUGGAAACACACCUGCGUAUAUCUUAUCGUCGCAAAUUGGAAGAUAAUCAAUUACAAUUUGCUCUAAUCAUUUAUGAAUCAUGUAAUCCUACACCUACGAUUACCAAACGUAAUCUUAUGACACAAUUCUCAAUGACUGAACCCAAUGAAGAUAAUCAUGAUGUAGUUACACAAAUAGAACCCGAAUACUCUGAAGAAAUGGUGGUAGAAAGUGUUUUACACGAACCAGUACUUAUAGAACCACAUACCGUUACCACUACCGGUACUUUAUUGGGCACCACAGAUGAUCCUUUUAAUGAGGAUGAAGAGGGCUCUUUGGAAACGUUAUCAGUGUCUCAUAUGCGUACACCUACGAAAUUUACACACACCCCGCCGGCUACACCUAAACGAAAACCACGAUCUUUGUUUCAAUCCGCCUCGGGUUUGAAACGUUUAAAUAAUUCACCCACUGCACCUACGCCUAAGCGUAGUGCAGCUCGUAGUUUAAGACUUUGAUUUUAAAGAUUUUUUUUUUAAUAUUAUUAUUUUUAAUAUUAUUAUUUUUUUAUAGCUCCCUUUUUAAUAAGUUUUUUUUCUUCUCCCUGCUUGUUUUAUAUUUUUCUGGGUUUAUUUUAGAAAUGAACACUUUUAUUUUGGUGUGAAAAGGAGAAGUCACUAGUUUUUUAUUUUAUAAGUUUUAAUAAUAUUGUGUUGAUUUUGAAGGAUUGGAAUAGGCAUCGGCAGAGAGUGACUAAUUUGUUUUUUUAAUGCAUGGAUUUCUUCAUAGAAAAGAGAUUUUUAAUAAAGUUUUUAUAUACUUUUGUUUUAGCAAAUAUACAAAUUACUUAUUGGGAACAAAAGAAAAUUGACAAAUUUAGCGUAAAAAUUUCUAUGAAAAUCUUUUCCAAACUUAUGAAAACGAAAUGAUUUCCUUACAAAUUUUCCAUAAAAAUUUUUCUAAAUUUUUUCUCUUUACAAAAGUUUAUAUUUUUCCAAGGAAAGAUAGAAUUUUUGUUUACAAAUAAAAGGAGAUUUAACAAGAAACUUUCUUAAAUAUUUUUGUAUUUUUUUUAAAGAAAUAUUUGACAAAGUUUUUAAGUUAUUAUUACUUAUUAGGUCUCAGCUUUUAAAAAUCUUAAAGAAUGAAAGUCAAUUUUUAAAAAUUGAAAAAGUAUCAAACGUUACUCCCCUGCCAAUUAGUUUAUUUUACAUGUCUGCAAGUUCUUUUAAAAUUCUUCUUUAGAAAAAGAUUAAAAAAACUUUCUCAAGUAUUUUUAUAUUUUUUUAUAAGAAAUAUUUGAUAAAGUUUUUAAGUUUUCCUAAAUUUUAACUAAAACUUUCUUAAAUAUGUUUCUAAAUUUAUUUCUUGGAAAAUUAUUUGACAAAGUUUUUAAAUAGAAAUAUACAGUUCUUUAAUCUUUGAUUUUUUGUUCGAAAUUCUUACUCUCUGAAGCAGUUUUAGGCUGAAAAGAGGUUUUAAGAAUCUAAAAAAGAACUAUUUUAGAAAACACUCUUAUAAACUUGAGGGUUACCUUUCCUAGUUGGAUAUUGUUUGGAAUUUUCACCUUCGAAACGGGUUCUAUGAAAACGUUAAAGAGUCGACUUUUGCUCUAUAGAACUGUUCUGAAUCUAGUUUUUUAAUUAAUAACUUUUUAACAUUGAAAUUGUCACCUUGAGAGUAGUUCUUGAACUAGUUCUACUUUCAGAAAUUUUUAUCUUUGAAAUUGUUAAACUACUCGGCAACUAAUGUAUAACUCCUGUUUAAAAUUUAUCUCCGUAUUCAUAAACAUAUUAAACUUUAAGCAUUUUUUCCAUACGAAAUUCCUGAAAUAAAUCAUUAAUAACUUUAUUAAGCGUUUAUGAAUACGGGGUUAAUGUAUAGAAAACUCUUUAGAAGUUCAUUAGUAUUACAAGAGGGUUCCAAAGUAGGGGUGCUAGAAGUAAUGCCAACAUUACAACUAAAUCUAAGAUUGUAAUGCCAGAAUCUGAAAAGUUCUGGAAACAAAUUCUAUAUUUUUCAAAUUUUAUAAAUCAACUUCAGCAUGUUUCUAUUCUUAAUCUUAAAUUUUAAUUUGAUCUCUUUGUAAAAAAAAAAGAAAACUUGUGAUUUUUUUCUAUUCAAAUUUCUCCUAAACAAACCUGAUUAAAAACUAAAUGCCCUAAAUAAACCUAAAAAAUAUAAAUUCAGGAUUUUUAAUUCCUUAAAACUUAUAACAAAAACAAAAGCAUGCUUAGUAAUUUAUCAAAAUAUCAUAUAACUUUAAGUUGUUUUUUCUUAACAUCAACUUAUUUAUAUAGUUUUUAUAAAAUUUACCUUUUACCCGAGAGUUUUGCAGUUUAAAAUAAAAUCCAUAAACACUCCAUAUGGAGUAAACAUAUGUUUACUUUUCCUUAAAUAUUUUUUUUUAUUGAUUUUUUAAAUAAUAUAUAUUUUUUUUUAAUUAUUAUACUUUCUCUUUAUAUUUAUGCCUAAAACUUACAAGUAAAACAUAAAAUAAAAUUAUAUUUUUUUCCUUAACAGUAAAGUUUAUUAUUUUUAUGAAAGAUAUGCAUUUAUUUUUAUCUUAACAAAAUUAUAUAAUUUUUCUUAUACAUAAAAAAA